GCCGCAUUUAACACCAGUUUGGAAUCUUAUCUCUUCAUCAUUUUCCCGUCUUUUGAACAGACACUUGCAUAUUCAAACUACCAGAUCUUUACAUUCACCACCAAUCCAACAUGACGUUUUUCGACAGCAUCGCCUCCAAGUUUGGUUACGAAUCUCUCCCAGGGGACGUUGCCAACAAAAGCUUCUACGAUUUGAAAGCCAAGCUGCCUGGGAGCAAGGGUGAUUUGGACUUUUCUACUUUGAAAGGCAAGGUUGUGUUGAUCGUCAACACUGCUUCCAAAUGUGGUUUCACUCCCCAGUAUACCGGCCUUGAAGAGCUCCACAAGACUUAUGGAGAUAAGGGUCUCGUCGUCCUUGGUUUCCCUUCCAACGAGUUUGGAGGACAAGAGCCUGGCUCUGACGAUGAUAUCGCCCAGUUUUGUACCCUCAACCACGGUGUCACUUUCCCGCUUAUGAAGAAGUCUGAAGUGAACGGAAAGAACAUGAAUGAGGUCUUUGCGUGGUUGAAGUCUCAGAAGGGAGAGAAUGUUGGUGGUCUUGCCGGGACCACUGCUAUCAAGUGGAACUUUACCAAAUUCCUUAUCAACAAGGAGGGCAAGUGUGUCGGCCGAUAUGGCUCUUCCACCAAGCCCGAGAAGCUCAAGGAGGAAAUCGAGAAGCUUCUUUAAAGGCGUCAACUGUAAUGUGAAACAGAAGUGAGAGUAGUAGAUUCGAUAUUCUAUCAUUCUAUACAUUAAAUGUAUCUCCUCGUAAUAC